AGCGCGGUGAGUUUGAAACAGCUCGCACUUAGCUGCAAAGCUGGCUCUUGGAAGUUGAGGCAAGAGCGACGCCGACGUGGUAGCCGCCGCCGCUUUCGUCGCGGGAUAAUAAGCCGGGUAGAGUUGCUGAGGAUCUACCAAAUCUGCUGAUUAACUAUGGAAGAUUAUACCAAAAUAGAGAAAAUUGGAGAAGGUACCUAUGGAGUUGUGUAUAAGGGUAGACACAAAACUACAGGUCAAGUGGUAGCCAUGAAGAAAAUCAGACUAGAAAGUGAAGAGGAAGGGGUUCCUAGUACUGCAAUUCGGGAAAUUUCUCUAUUAAAAGAACUUCGUCAUCCAAAUAUAGUCAGUCUUCAAGAUGUGCUUAUGCAAGAUGCCAGGUUAUAUCUCAUCUUUGAAUUCCUUUCCAUGGAUCUCAAGAAAUACUUAGAUUCCAUCCCUCCUGGUCAGUUCAUGGAUUCUUCACUUGUUAAGAGUUAUUUGUACCAAAUCCUACAAGGGAUUGUGUUUUGCCACUCCAGAAGAGUUCUGCACAGAGACUUAAAACCUCAAAAUCUAUUGAUUGAUGACAAAGGAACAAUUAAACUGGCUGAUUUUGGCCUUGCCAGAGCUUUUGGAAUACCUAUUAGAGUAUACACACAUGAGGUGGUAACACUCUGGUAUAGAUCGCCAGAAGUAUUGCUGGGGUCAGCUCGCUACUCGACUCCAGUUGACAUUUGGAGUAUAGGCACCAUAUUUGCAGAAUUAGCAACCAAGAAACCACUUUUCCAUGGGGAUUCAGAAAUCGAUCAACUCUUCAGAAUUUUCAGAGCUUUGGGCACUCCCAAUAAUGAAGUGUGGCCAGAAGUGGAAUCUUUACAGGACUAUAAGAAUACAUUUCCCAAGUGGAAACCAGGAAGCCUGGCAUCCCAUGUUAAAAACUUGGAUGAAAAUGGCUUGGAUCUGCUCUCGCAGUUUUUUGGACUCUGGUGGAUUGGUGCCAAGGCUUGGAACAUCAAUUCAAGUGAUGGCAUUAUGAUGAAACACUUGAAGAAGAUUGAAAGAGCAUGUGAAAGGUUAUCCUAACACACCAAGGCCUCACCACCCAGGCUGUCUACACAAAUUGGGUGUCCAAGCAGAGAGAAGUGAAUCAAGUUCUUUCCUCAUUGAUUGCCUGAAGAAUCGAACAGUUCUGGUCUUUGCGAUUGAGAAUGUAUUCAGACUCAAAGAAUUCAAAUACUCCUUCCAUGGGGCCACAUUUGGGUACCCCUCAUUACAUCUGCAUUUUGCUGGAUAUCGAGUGACCAAGAUGUUGUAUUCCUAGAAAUUUUAGUAAGCAACAGGAGUGAUGGCUGACAAGUCACUUCAUGUCUCUCACCAUUGUUUCUACCACUUUCAUGUCUGUGUUUCCACCCAAGAGUUACUGCUCCUAAAUUAUUUCCAUAUUUUGUACACUAUAGUCUAAUGAUAUCUAACUGGUGAGGCACCUGCACAGAAGCCCAGAGAAAAAACAUGCAUCUGCGUUGCUUAAGUGAAAACACCCCAUUUAAAGGUGCUAUCGGCACGAGAGAAUUUUCAAAUCCAGCCAGAGAGAAUCAGCACAGCUUUUCCAGAAGCGUUGCCUUUCCAGGUCACAGUGCCUUUUCCUGCUGCAUACAUCACCUGCCCUUUUUUUUUUUUUUUUUAACGUAGGCUCCACGCUGGGAGCCCGAUGCGGGGCUUGAACUCAUGACCUUGAGGUCAAGACCUGAGCCAAAAUCAAGAGUUGGACACUUAACUAACUGAGCCACCUAGGGGCCCCUACAUUGCCUGCCUUCUAAUUGGAAAUUUAAGAGAGCAAAGUCUUCCUCUGAAAAUAAAUUAAGUCAUGAGAGAUGGAGUUAUGUCAGAACUUAGCCUUUGGAAGAAAGAGACGACAUCUGUAUCUCAGAAUGCUUAGUGCAACCUCUAUAGCUUUCGUCAGUCAUCUUUCUGGUUUUUUUCUUUCUUUUUUUAAGUUGUCCUUAGCUUUUCCCCCCCCUCUUUGUUGCACUGCUUCUUCCUUACUUACACACAAUCUAACCCAAACACAUUCUCCUUGGCUAACUUUUAACUCUGUAUUUUUUAUGCACUGGUCACAUUCUAUUAGAAAAGAGGAGCUAUUGCUACUUGUCCACUUGUAUCCAAUUAGGGUAUUUGAUUAAAGAAAUACCCAAUUUAAGAAAAAGCCUGGCAAAUCUUUAGUUUGCAGAAGAGCAUUCAUUUCCGAAAUGCUGCGCUCAUAAAAUAAGUUUCCAAACUCAGGAUUCAUUUCAUUUUUUCCUCUGACUAGUAGAAGUGAAUGUCACAGUGAUGAAAUUCAACUGAUAUACCAUACAAUGGAAGCAAGUGUGAAAAAAUUUCUUAGAAACAUUGGAGUCUUGUUUUUGAGUGUCCAUAAAGAAAAUACUUGAGUUACCUUGAAACCAGUAGGAUUUAAGGUUCCUAUAAUGCCAGUGCAGGGUUAUUGAAAUCUUUGAUGAUUUGCCAGGCAUUGCUCUGGGAGAAAUUUAGACCAGUGCUUGCUACAGGUAAGACUCCACCGGUAUGCAUUAUGUAAGCGGUGCCAUGAUCUGGACCACCCACCUCUGAAAGGUGUGGGAAGGUGUUGGAAAUCUCACGGUCUUUUCUCUGCAGUUAUUUUGUAUAGUUGUCAACCCCGUUCCAUGGAGUUAUAGGGAAUAUGCCACUCAGAGGAGUGCCCAGGUGAGAUCUGCUUGGAGACCCUUCUUCCCCCUGAGUUCGGGUAAACAGUAUGCUACCUAGAAGUUCAGAAAUUGCAGAUUUUCCCAAAAUCCUUCUUAGAUCUGCUUCUAAAGAAAAGGUUGACUUCAUGAGCCCACGAUGCAACCUUUCACUUCAUUGCUGGCAGAAUUGUCCAAAACCAAGAUUAUAAGAAGUUCUUUAGGCUACAGACACCAUUUCUGUUUUUUCCAAUGUUCUACCAUAUGUAGUGACAUAACUGUAUUAUCCAAGAGCAAAAAGCCAGAUCCCUCCUGUAUAUGGUGGCACUGGAAACUCUGCUGGCCGAACCAAAAACAGAGAUGACAGUCAUUGAAGCUGCCUUGUUAUGGAAGCAUACAUAGCCCCCAUGACCCAGCACCUUUACGGUUUUGUUAGUUUUCAGAAAAAGCUAUUUAAGUCACACACAUGAUAUUUUGGUAGUCCUUAAAAAAAAAAAAAAAAAAAAAAGAGGCAUUUUAUAGCUAAACAAUUUUAUUGGCUUUUUGUGAAAUAAAAAACACGAAACAAACCACCAUGGUUAAAGGCCAUAAUCAGCAUCAACCAAAUGAACCAGCCACUUGGUUACAGUAGCUGAUAACAAACACUAGUGGAUAUUAUUGCUUAUACCCCAGGUUCAUUUAUAUGUCCAUUAUGUUUUGGCAAGAUUACAAUCACAUGGGAACUUUGGUUGUAUAAAUUCAACUCUGACCACUCACUAAAAACUCAACUUCUACCAUUUUAUGAUGGGAUAUAUGUCAAUUCUUCCUGAGUCUUGACAUUUAUCCUCUCAUUUUGUCUCCUUUCUCCUUCUGCUAAUGAUUUACAACCCUAUUGACCAAAACUUAAAGUAGAUGCAUUUACAACCAUCCAUUUCUACUCUACUGCCCUCUCCUUUGUCAUGAGAGGGUGAGGCAUUCCUGGGCCUCUCCAAACUCUUGGAUCUGGUGUGUAUCCACCGCCAGUAAUAAAUGUCCAUCUGUAAUCUGGGUAGAUUUUCAAAUGCAUAUGGUUGUCAACAUUGGGGUUUGGACUCAACUGUCUCUUUUCCAACUUCCGAAAGCUAGGAAAAAAAAUCAACAGCCUUUAGCAUCAGUAAGUUGACCUCCCGACAAAAUAAGCCCCCGCCGCCACCAUGCCACAUCCCACGGCAGGUAUGGCGCUGGGGCCUUAAAAUGCUCCGUAUGAGUGCUGUAACAUUUUAAUGUACAGAGAAGCAAGGACUGACUGCCUCUCCAAAGCUCCCCUGCUCAAUACCUUCUGUUUUAACACUGAAAACUCAGAAUGACAAAGGGUCAGGACUAACUCACAAUAGCACCAUUUCCUAGACUCUUGGAAUAAGAUUCCUGUCUGCGUUGGAGAAUGCAGGGACCCCAGACGACCCAGCCUCCAGCUUUGCACCUUCACAGGCCCUGCUGACCUUCAGCAGGGGUGGGCGGUCUGCCUCAGCCUACUCCUACAGCGGCCUGAAUUUUCCCUGGGAAGAGUUAAAAAUGCGUGUCUUACAAAGUGAAGUUGGCUGCAGGUGAGAGACCUGAGGAAGCCUGUUUCCGUGGGUGAGAUGUGACGAGCCUGCAGAUGAUGGGACAAAGGCUGGGGAUCCCUUCCCUUGCCCAUCUCAGUUCAAGUCUUUGAAGAAUCUGCACGCAGAAGCAUGGCAAGAUCGAGGAACACGGAGAGACACAAACCCUCACACAGCCACCCAAACACCAAUGCUCUUACGGUAUCUCUUGGGUUCAGGUCCAGCGGUGGGUUUGCCCUGGAUAAUGCUGGGAUUGAAUAAGCCCUUCUAAUGAUUAUAAAGAUUAUCCUUUUGAAUCUGGACAUUUUAAACAACAGAAGACUUGGUAUCACUGUAUUUUACAUGGCACAUAUAACCAUAUAAUUACUAGCAUUUACACGGCAAAUAUUGUAAAUACACAUUCUUGGAGUUGACUUGGUAAUUAUACCACUGUUAUUCGGCAGAACAAAGAUUAAACACUCUCUAACUUGCACUUGGGGGAAUUUCGUUCCAACCCUGUACUUCACAACCAAAGGAUAACCCUCUAAUUAUGCAAUAAUGCCUGGUGGUCAUGUGGGCCAAGAGCAUCACAGGGCGAUUUCAUGGUUAAUUUGCGGCCUGUAAAAUAAAGUAAUACAUAGUAUUUUCAUUUCAACAAAAUACAAGAGACCAUAUAAAAAUAUUUUCUAAUUUGGGACUUUGAAACAUGAAAGCUGGAUUUUUUUUUCCCUUGGUAUAAAAAGAAACAAAGUAACGGACUAAAGUUUAUUAAGCCUUCUAACAAAAAAUAUACAUAUAAGUUUAAGGAAUGCAGUGAGCAUCAACUUCCCUUUUUUGUCCAGGCUCAUUGAUGGGGAGCUUGUGCUUUGAUCCCGACAAAGAUAAAUGCACAACAGUGGAGGAAGAUCAGUGCCUGAAACCUGAACUACGACUUAUCUCUAAUAAUAAGACUAAUUUUACAGUAGUGCUUUUAAAAGUGGUGUGUCAGAUGACUGAUUUUUGUCUCUUCCCCCUCAGGCAACUGCUGGAGACGAAUUCCAGAAGCACCACUUUCGUCUUGAGUGAUGUUUAUUUAGUGCAAUAUCUUCCUUCUCGCGUUCCCUUUUCACACGCUGGUAGUGGUCUUCUUCCUUCAGAUACCACACAGGGGGCCAGCGGUGCCGCUCAAAGUAUUCCUGGUUGUCUGGUGAAGGAAAGGUGCAGAUGAUGAGACCCGCUGUGUUUGUCGAGAGCUUCUGUAUUCUAGGUUCUGUGCCCCGUGCUUCUCGUAUAUGCUCCCUUCUACAUCCUCCCAACAACCCGGUGUGUGGGGCUUAGGGAUCAGGGGUACGACCAUUUGCAGACUGGGACACUCAGGUUUCGAGAGUUAGAAUCACUUGCCUGAAGCAGCUGGGCACGGAGAACCUGAACCCAGGACCACUUGGUUUCCGAGCGGAAGCCUGCUCCUCGGCAUGCCUCCCUAGACAAGGGUGAGCCCACCCCCUCCGCAUGCUCUGCGGCAGGGAACCCCGGAUCCCGCUCCACGCAAAUCUCCCAAGCAUGAAGUCCUUCAAAGAGGAUUCCUGCUCCACAAUUCCUUGCGUCGUGUCACGGGCAUGUGACCACCAGCCAAUCACAAGGACUUCCCCCGGAGCUGCCUGGGGCCUGUACACCUGCUCAAGGGCACAGAGGGUCCACGCUGCAGUCAGAGCCUGUGAGAACCGGACUGAUGGGAACCUGUGUUCUCACCUGCGGAUUUCGAUUUGAUCUCCUUGCGGAACUUGGAACACACGCUGUUGUAGUUGGUGCAGAUGUGGUGCAAACACCAGGCGGCCAACUGGUGGGCGUUGUGGAACUACAGGGAAGUGACCAAAAAGGGGGUCAGACUCUACUUUCUAAAGUGGGGCCACAGAGAAAUCGUCAGCCACCGUAGGGGUGACAGAGAUGAUAAAGGGCCCGCGUGACUGAUUCGGCAAACCUCUUGUUUUGACUACAGUGUUUUGACUUUGGCUAUGGUGCCAACGCCAGCCCAAUAUAGCGCUUGGCAUACCCCUUCCUUACCCCUGUGACAGGUGCACCAAAAAUAAUCACCGUAUCAGAUCAGGAGCUGAAAGCACCCCUCUCCACCCAGCCUCCCCUGCCACUGGCCCGCUAGUGACUCAUGACUGUGGCCUCUGGAAGGUGCCAGCCAGCAGCAAAGCAGCAACACGGACUCUGGUUAAGGAAGCCUCAGCCACGGAGCACUCCGUGUCGCAGGUCAGAGCUCGCCUUGCUGGGGCCAAAGAUCUGAAAAAGGAGACUGAGGAAUGUGUACCUGUCCUUUGGUUACAUAAGAAGAGCGGGUGGUGUGGGCAGGGUGGCAGGGACCCGACACUCCACAACGACUCCUUUCUGAGCAGAUGCUCGGGGGGAGGGAGCAGCUGAGGUAGCUGUGACCAAAACAGACUUGGUGCUCAAAAUGCCACAGUCACCUCCCCAUUCCUCCCCAAGUUUGGCAAGUCUCCCCCACCCCACACUUUGUCCGUGUCCUUGGCUAUCCAUUCAGUUUGUGGGUCUUGAGGUUUCUUUGAUCAGGCGAAACCCUGAAACCCUACAGGGUGCUCACUCGGGGGCCCACAUCUCUGCCAUGAACGAAAGGCCCAUAUAAAAGCUGAUGUCCCCAGAAAAUAACUCAAGAAACUCUGAGAGUUGCAAACCCAACAUUAUAGACCAUUUUUGCUGGUGCUUCCAACUUCUCUUGAGAUCAGAUUUCUUUCUGAAAGUAAGACUCGGGCACCGGUGAGCUGGAGUUGGCUUGGAUCUGCCCAAGAGCGUCAACGGUGCACAUUUCUUCCCUACUCUGAGGUCAGCAAUUUCACGUUGUUAAAAUUGGUCAGGCGGAGGUGUUUAUAUCCUGGACGUUGGAAAAUGCAACAGAUCGGGUGCCACCUGUCCACAUGCUGAUGGUUAAAUAAACCCAGCAUGCCACGAGGCAAGGGUCUCGUGAAUGAGCUAUGGUACAGGAGGCUCCAGCCUAAACUCUUCCUGCCGAGGCUCGUCAGGGCGGGGACCCAGAGCAAAGAGACACAACUGCAAAUCACUAUAUCAAGUAGACUGGCCCUACAUGCAAUGCUGGGUCAUUACAUUUUUCUCCAGGAGGAGUACUUACUGGAGAGAGCACAAGUCAUAAACUGUGCCCCGGACCUGGUUCGAGAGACCUCAAACUCCAAGUAUGGACAACCCAUUUUGAUGGGACCUUGCUGAGCCUACUGCAACAGAUGCCUGUUCUGGGUUUUCACUGUAACCUCUGUGAGGCUGUUUUUCAUGCUGGAUUUUAAUAACGUGGGCUUCUGUCUAUUUCUCUGUCUAUGAUUGCCCCGAGGGCAGAGAAUCUGCCAUUUAUAUCCAUGUGUCCUUUUGUCUGGGGCAGUGCCCGAUGUGUGUGGAGAAAACCACAAAUACUCGUUGCGUAAGUCCAAACCAGGAGGCUGCUGUGAAGUCUGAUUCUGCCUUUUCCCCUUUUGAAUGCAAACCGUUCCUGUGCAACUUGACCUGCUACUUGCCUCCCUCCUCUCCCCGAAACCACCUCCUCUCCCUUGAUUGAGAAAGAGCCAUUCAAAUCACCUGACCUAAGGCUUAGUAAACCUCGGCCCUAACAGAGAGGGAACAGAAAACGGAACCCAAUGGGCUGAAGAAAGGACCGAAGAAUGUCUUCUUCAUUCCCUCAGAAUGAAACUCAGUGUCAGUAAACUCAGUGUCAGUCAGUCUAUGCCAGGGACGAAGCAUCCCACACGUGCAACAGGGUUCUACUCUUCACUGCUCGUUCUUGAACAUUCUCUCCCACUUGAUUCUCAAAAUAAUCUGUAAGGUUGAUAGGAUGUGAAUUAUCAUCCCCAUUCAUUACGGAUAAGGAAACAGAGGCAGAGUUUAGGUUUGUGCCUUGAGUAAGUCAUUCGGGACAAAGCUGAAGCCGGAUCUCGGGGCCUCUCUGGAAGAGUGCAAGUGUGUACAGGGAUUAUGGAAUCACAAUAUUGCUAUUAACAAAUACUGAUUCUGGAAAACCCCAGGAAAGCUGCAGUGAGAGGUGGGGCAUUACAGGGCUUCAUGGAGUUCUAGAAACCGUCUGAUCUUGGCCAAUAUGUGUCCAAGAAUUCAAACAAGGAGAGACAGAACCUUCCCCUAUCAUGCCCCAAAUUGUUCUCCCACAUGUGAAGCUGGUGCCUCGGGGGACAAUAGGGCUGGCGUGGGGUAGGGUCCGUGUUGUUUUCUCAAACGAAGCCCAGCAGGGGGAAUGGUGCAUGAAACGUGAAACUCUCAGAUCUUCUCAGUGUACACAGGGCCCUCUGUGACUCAGUGGUGACAUCUUUAUUUAGACAGAUGCAACAGCGGAAUGUUUGAUCAGCAUUAAAUGAACUGGUUGAACACACUUAAAAGGUGAAAGGCAAAUUGUUACAAACCUGGGCCAAUUCCAAAUACGAGAGCACUUCCCCGUCAAUGCCCACACCACUCAUCGCGGCCUUGGUCAGCUCCUGGACAGCAUACUGCUCUGGGGAAGAGAGAGAACGGGAGUAAGUUGAACCAUGCCCUUGCAAGCCAGACAUCUCACUUAGAGAGUCUGGUCCGGGACCACCUAAGAGGAAAGGAAUAUGGGACACAGCUCUGGCAGUCAUCCGAACUGAACUCAGGGCCCACUGUGAUGGUUGGUCUUCCAGCAUGGGGAGUUCUGGUCUCUGGCCAUUGCACCAAUGACUCUGGGACACUUGUUUGCACUUCUGAAAUAGCUGGAGUCCUCCAGACCUUCACUGUCCAGUAUGGUGACUACUGGCCACGUGAGCCGACUGAAACUUAAAUUGAAAUGAAAUAAAAUUAAAAAUUCACACCCUCAGCCACACUAGUCACACCAAAGUGCUCAACAGCUACACAUGUAUUGGGCAACACAGACACAGGACAUUUCCAUCACUGCAGACAGUUCUAUUGGAUAGUGCUGCUCUGGAUAGUCCAGUGCCUUCCUAGAAUCCUCUAGACUCUCUAGUAUCUUCCUGUUUGACAGCUUCCCCGCUCAUAUCACUCCAAUUCUCAAUAAUCUCUGAAAGUGGAAGGACUGAGUAACAGGAAUGAAUCCAUAUGGGGAAUUAAAAAUGUGAAUGCAGAUGUCUUUCUCAACAGCUGCAGAUGGGUAACAUAUUGUUCAGCUGUUAGAUUCUAACGACUGGGGGGGAACCUUCAACUGGAAGUUAACAAGAAUCUAGCUGGGAGAGCCAAUUCUUCCUGGGAGCUGUGCCCAGGGCUUCUAAGUUGAAUCUAAAUUGUGAUUCUGAGAUGGAGUGGUCUCCUGCCUCUGCUCGGGCCGUCCCCUGCCUUUGGGACUGACGCGUGUGGUACAAUCUAGGCCCACACUCCUAGCUCCCUGAGGUCGAGGUACUCUUUUCAUCUCCAGCAUUGCGUCUGUUCUUCUAAUCCAGUAAACUGUCCCAACCCUGCUUACCCUCUGUUCUAUGCACUUGGUAGUCAACAUGCCUCCAUGUGGUCAAUACGAUAUCUAGAUGGGGAUGGUUUCUUUGGCACAAUCUUCAUCAGUUGGAUGGACAAAGAACUAUUUGGAACUACAUUUUCCAAAGAAGUCAUCAGGCUUUUUGAUUUUAGUUAACAGCAACAUUUCUUGAUACUCAUUUAACACGUCGGCUCGCGACACAUUCUUACCCCAGAAACUGAUUUUUAAAAACUAUGUUCUGAACACUCUAUACUUAACCCAACAGUAUAAAUGAUUACAGGGAUCAUCUUAGGCAGCUACAUAUUUAAUCCUAGCAGUAACAGUAGCAUUUAAUAACAAAAGGAAACAGGCUUAGAAGUCUGCAGUUCACACCAGAACCUCUCUUUGAUUCAGUUCCUUUCACGGAGAGGUCAGUCCCAAGUUUUCGUCACUGUACUUCAUAUUUAAGCAAAAAUGGCACUAGUUUAAGAUUAAUCACAAACCUUGUUCGACAGAUUUGGUUCCAAAUUGUUUUUGACCACAUUAAAAAAAAAUCAAAUUCAUCCUCAAAGGAUACCUACUUGUAAACACUGAAUAGUCAAACAGAUCAGAACCUAUACUUUUGAAAAAAGGAACUGCCCACUGCAGCCUCCUAGGGUUAACAUUUAAAAAGCAGGGCACUCUUGUGGACCUGUGACUUCAGGGUUGUUGGUUAAAAAUGGUUUUUAAAAAAACAGCAGUGCUUCAACAAUCUCUUUCUAUCUUUUUAUCCAGUGGGGGCAGAAGUAAGGCAAGGAGAGGACUUGGGUCUCCAGCUGGCUGAGUAUAGCAGAAACGUGAAGUCCAGAGAAAUACAUUUUAUUCCAAAGACACCUGCCAGAAAGUGAAGUGCAGAUAUGACCAGUUGGUUUGUUCAAACAUUCAUUUUCACUCACUUCCUGAUUCAACAGGUAUUUAUUGGGAAGCUAAUAGGCUCAGGCACUUUGCUGUGUGCUGGGGACAGUAGGCCAGUGUACAAAGCUGUCACUAUUUCUGCUCUCAUGGCUCACAGGGGUCAGCUAAUGUAGUGACAAACACCCAGACUGCUAACUGACCCUUCUCGUGAAUGAAGCUGAAGGUUUACAUUUAGGAAACAUGUAUGUGAAUAAUACACGUAUCCUAUUUAGACCUGCUUCAGCCUAACAACUGAACAAAUCCAGAAAUGAUUUUGGGAAGUGAAGCCAAGUCCCCCUUCCUUCUUUCUCCCAAAAUGCUCUUGACAAUGUCAGAACAUUUUCUAAAAUAGCUUUAAAAAAACCACUUACAUAAUGCUUACUAGGUGCCAGACACUGUUCUGAGAACUUUAUAUAUAUCUUAACUCCUUAAUCUUUGUAACAACUCUACGGGAGAAUAACAUGAUCCCCAUGCUAAAGAGAGAGAGAGCAGACACAGGGUGGUGAAGUGUGAAGUCAUCUAGCCAGUAAAUGGUGGAGUCAGGAUCUGAACCCGAGCAGUCUGGCUCUGCAGCCUAUGUUCUUCACCACGGCCUCCUACUGCUCUUUCUUAAAGACUGUGUCUGAGCACACAUCAGGGGAAUAAUAUGGACACAAUAGUUUUAUUUCCAAUCCCACGGUCCACAAAUGAGGCAGAGUGCACAGAGCAUGGGUCUCAAGGGCAGGGAUCAUGCAUCACUCAUCUUGAUAAUUGUGUCCCCCUACAGGGUCUACCACAAAGUAGGUGCCUAAGAAAUAUCUGUGGAGCUGAAUUGGGCUGUCUGAUACAUUUGAUCUACUUAUUAUCACCCUGCACAAGACAGUCCUAUACUGGGUGAUAAAAAUUUAAUUUUUAUUCCCUGGAAAUGUUAUUUUUGCUUAAAUGUGAUUUUGAUAAAUUUGACAGUCAGACCCUGCAUGAUCCUGAGUCAUCAGACUUACCUGCAAGUGCAACCAAGUGUGGCAGGCAAAAUCUGUUUGCCAAGGCAAUUAAUUCCAGUGGGUCCAGGUCCAAAUUAGGUGACAACUGCUUGGUAUAAAGAUAAUCCAAUACCGCUUGCAUUGACAUCUUGUUUAUGUUCGGGAGAUAUACCUGAAACGUUAUUUGAAAAGCUAAGUUCUGCCGAAGAAAGCAGUGGGUGCAUUUCCAGGCUAUACUGGUUAUAAAUACCCCAACCGUACAAUUUGAUAUUGGCAAGUCUGGGAUACCUGCUUUGAGGCCGCGUGUAGAAGUCAUUCGCUAUUUAUCGCUUCAAACAUAACAGUUUGAUUUGUAGAUGACAAAGGAGUGGGGCUGCCUGACAAAGCCUGAUUUGGAAUUUUUAAAUGGCUAUUUGGACUUAUAAAUCAGACAAAUGGUCUGUAAUAUGGACUCUCCUCACCAAGUACCUUCUAAUACUCUAUUGUGGGGAAAGAAAUCUCCCAGCAACAUGACAGGUGUGGGGGGGUAGUGCAAACCGCACUGUUGCUGACACACGAUAGAGCCCCGCUCUCUAAGAUGUCAAAACAGAGGAUGAGCAACCACCCUAGUUGCCGCAGUGACUGGAGUGAUUCCAACAUUCUACCAAUAUAUGCAAACACGGUAUACACACUUCAUUAUUUUUCCUGUGGCACCACCACACAGAUUCAAAAUUAUUGGAACAUUAUCAGGUUAUCAGUAGAUUCAGAGAAUCCAGAGACGUCCUUACCUGGGACAUGUGGGGAACAGCUGGUUGGGUCUGGUAAA